CGCGACUGUCAAUUGUUCCCCGGUGCUCGUCAAAAGUCGGCUGUUGUUGCCCGGAGUACAACCGAGACGACCGGAGCGGCUGCGUUCAGUUCACACGACGCCCACCGAGGCGACACACGAGCGGAUCCGGUGUUUCCUGGACGCCCACAGCGCCGCUCAAGUUCGCUCCGCUCCGCACUUUGACAUCGAGCUGUCUGGGGCGCAAACCUGCGGGGUUGCUGCUGUAGCCGGAUUGUUGGCAAACAUUUCCUCCACAAUCAGCAGCUUCUCACCGCGCACCGGCGCUCUGAUUGGUGGUCCUGAGCGACUCCAAGAGCAGCCAGACUGGGCAGACUUGUUGCGCGUCUUCGGGGAGCGCACCAGUCCGGUUUGCGUGUGAUGCUUUGAUUUGACUGUGGGGCAGCGUGGAGUGGACCGGAGCUCAGUGACUAUGAGAAUCUGCUCAUAAUUAAGGAAACUGGGGUGAUUGUUUUCCUGCAAGCAGACCGAGCUGCUGCUGCUGAGGCUCCGGGAAAGCAAUAACCCGUUUCUGCUUUAAAUGGCAUCCAGGCACCGCCGAGGAAAACUUUAUUCGGGUCAGAUCAGUUGAUUCAUUUUAACCCACCGCGCUUCUUUUCAAACCUCUUUUCUUCCUCCUCGUCGACAUGUCCGAACGCGAUGGAUGUGGAGACGGGCUGUGCAGCGACGGAGCGCAGGACUACAUCCCGCCCAGAGCGUCCCGCGGCCGGCGCAGCGGUGUCAUCCUCCCCGGUGGCGGCAGUCAGGACACGGACACCAUCCUGCUGGAGUCGGUGAAGGCGGCACCGCGCCGGAGCAGCAUCAUCAAGGAUCCCUCAGUGCAGAAGGUGGGCGGAGGUCGGAAGAAGACGGUGUCCUUCAGCAGCAUGCCAUCUGAGAAGAAGGUGAGCAGUGCAGCUGACUGCUUGGCAUUCAUGCAAGGUGGGUGUGAACUGAAGAAGAUUCGGCCAAACUCGAGGGUUUACUGCCGGUUUUACACCCUAGACCAGGACCUGAGCUGCAUACGCUGGGAACCAUCCAAGAAAGACGGGGACCGGGCUCGGCUUGACGUCUCCAGCAUCAGGGAGGUUCGAACUGGGAAGAGCACUGAGACCUUUCUCCAUAACGGACCUCUCUCCGAACACCUGGCUGAGGAAGCAGCCUUUUCUGUCAUCCAUGGAGAAGACUACCAGUCUCUGGACUUGGUUGCCUUGUCAGCAGAUGUGGCCAACAUCUGGGUGACAGGUCUUCGCUACCUUUUGGCCCACCCUUCAAUCGUCGGAGGGGGAGGAGGCGGAGGUGGUGGAGGAGGCCCAGGUGAAGGAGGAGGUCUGGUGGUGGACGGCAGCCUGGGAAGCAAGAUGAGGAGUGAGUGGCUGGCGGCAGAGUUCGGUCAGGUGGACGAAGACGGCUAUGGCAUCGUGUCGGAGGAUGUCGCCGUCGCUACCAUCUGUAAGCUGUGUCCCGGCAUCAAGGAGGCCAAGGUGCGUCUUCGUUUCAAGGAGAUCCAGCGCAGCAAAGAGAAGCUCACCUCCCACGUGACUCGUGAGGAGUUCCAGGAAGCCUACUGCGAGCUGUGCACCCGGCCCGAUGUCUACUUCCUACUGGUGCAGCUGUCCAAGGACCGCGAGUGUCUGGAUCCUCAGGACCUCCGCCUCUUCUUGGAGACCGAGCAGGGCUUGUCCCUGGCGACCACCGAGGGUUGCUGGGAGCUGCUGAAGCGCUACGAGCCAUCGGCGCAGGGCAAAGAGCGAGGCCUGCUGGGUCUGGAUGGCUUCGCCCACUACCUGCAGUCACCAGAGUGCCAGCUGCUCGACCCGGAGCACCAGGGGGUUUGUCAGGACAUGAACAUGCCGCUGUCUCACUAUUACAUCAGCACCUCGUACCGCUCCUACCUGUUGGAUGACCAGGUCCACGGCCGGGCCGACCUUGGAGGGCUCAUCAAAGCGCUGCAGUCCGGCUGCCGCUGCCUGGAGCUGGGGGUCACCGAUGGACCAGAGGGGGAGCCUCUGCUGGGGGUGGACUAUGGGCCCGAUAUCCCCCGACACCAUCAUCAUCACCACCACCACCAUCAUCACCACCACCACACCCCGGUCACCAUCCGCUCUGCUCUGGAGGUGGUAAAUAAAUAUGCCUUCCUGACCUCCCAGUACCCCCUGCUGGUCUACCUGUGCCAGCGCUGCUCUCCAGGUCAGCAGCGCACCAUGGCUCAGCACCUGAAGAAGGUGUUUGGGUCACGACUCUACACCCCCGAGGCCCUGCCGGUAAGCCUGGGGGGCCGAGCCACCACUUUACCCUCCCCAGAGCAGCUGAAGGGACGCAUCCUGAUCGUGGGGAAGAAACUGCCUCCAGAGCAGGAGGGCUCUGACGGGGAGGUAUCCGAGGAAGACGAGGAGAUUGGAGGAGGCGGCCCCCUGGCAGGGAGGAGGAUGACCAUCCCCGGGGAGGAGGAGCUGGGUGUGGUCCUUGUGGUGCCACCGCCCUCUCAGCCCAGGAAGCUCCGUCUGCACAAGGAGCUGUCCGACCUGGUGGCCAUCGCCCGGAUUGGCAGCCGUAGCUUCUAUGCCCAGAGAGCCAGUCAGAGGCAGGCGCAACAACAGUCGCCUACCAGCAGCCCAUCCUCCCCGGAGACACCGACGCCCCCGGAGCCACCCUACUGGACACUGUGCUCACUCGGCGAAGGUGAGGCCGGACGGCUGACCAGCGAGAGCCCAGAGGACCUGGUCAUGUUUACCAAGCGAACCCUCACCAGGGUGCGACCCAGCUCGGUACGUCUCGAUUCCAGCAACCCCAACCCUCAGGGCUACUGGAAGGGAGGCGUCCAGCUGGUGGCCUUGAACCAGCAGACCCCCGGCGCCAUGCUGGACAUCCACCGAGGUCGCUUCUCUCAGAACGGAGGGUGUGGUUACGUUCUUCGACCUGCCGUCAUGAGGGACGAGGUGUCGUAUUUCAGCGCCCACACUCAGGGCUGCGUACCGGGAGUUCCAGCUCAAACUCUACGCAUCAAGGUGAUUAGCGCCCACAACCUGCCGAAGCCUCAGGGUUCAGGGGCUAAAGGAGAAGUCAUCGACCCGUAUGUGGUUCUGGAGCUGCACGGUGUCCCGGCCGACUGCGCUGAGCAGCGAACUCGAACCGCCGCUCAGAACCAGGACGACCCACUUUUUGACGAGACCUUCGAGUUUCAAGUCAACAUGCCGGAGCUGGCUUUGCUGCGCUUCGUCGUUCUGGACGACGACUACAUCGGAGACGACUUCAUUGGCCAGUACAGCGUGGCCUUCGAGUGCCUUCAGCCCGGCUACCGCAACGUGCCCCUGCUGGGUCUGGCAGGAGACCCCUUACCUCACACCAGCCUGUUCGUCCACGUGGCCGUCACCAACCGACGGGGAGGCGGGAAGGCCCACCGGAGAGGCCUGUCAGUGAGGAGGGUGGGCAGGCGAGGAAGGGAGUACGUGACGCUGAGGCACACCGGCAUCAAGGUGGUGGACGAGACUUUUAAACCGGCCAGCGCACCCCUGAAGGAGGCCACGGACCUGAGGGAGGAUGCCCAGAGCACCACGACCAGUUUCAAAGAGCAGUGUGGGCUCCCCACUGUGGCCAAGCUGAAGCAGUGCAUCCAGAGCCUGGCCACCAGGCUGCAGAGCCCCGAGGGCUCCAUGGGGGCCUCCAUGGUGCUGAAGGAGGGCUACCCGAGUCUGGAGCCGCUGGUCAGCCUCUCGGAGCCAACCAGGAAGCUGCUGGCUGCGUACGACACGAUGAUUGGCGCCCAGAAGCAGCUGAUUGAGAACGCAGAUGGCGUCCAGGAGAGGAUCGCUCAGGUGCAGAGAGAAGGAAUGGACUUCCAUGAGGAACUGUCUCGGCUCGGGGAGAAGGAAGGACUGAAGGGACGCAAACUGAACAAAGCUGUGGAGAGUUUCACCUGGAACAUCACAGUACUUAAGGGGCAGAGCGAUCUGUUGCGAGGAGCUAAGAUGGAUUCCCUGGAUGCUCUGAGGCAGCUGGCUCUGGCCUGUGAAGCCUGUGGACUCACCUCCUCCUCUUCCUCCAACUCCUCAUCGUCCGCCUUCUCCACUGCUGAGCUGCACUACUCCUCUCACCCUCUGUCCGGCCGCCGAAGCAGCACUCAUGGCAACGGACGCAUCUGACAGCCGCCGCCGGGUCCAGACGGCUGCCGGAGAUGAGGAAGGAGUAAUUAGAGAGGAUGGCGGCGAUGAGGAGGAGUCAGAGUUUGUCCCUUUAUCAGAGCAGUGGGUGUCUGGACUAUCCAACACCACAGCAGUCUAACUGUUCAAGCCUUACGGUGACUUCAUCCAUUAUCGCUGAACGUCCGGCUUGCAGAGCCUCUUUAUGAAUGUCUGCGGUAGGGGAUGUGAAGAGAGAGAGAGAGACGCUCCACAUGGGACAUUUUGACGGGUCCUGCUUUUUUCCCCCUCAUUAGUGAGGAAACCGAAGACACCUUUGUGACAACGAGGCCAUUGCGAUGUUUACGGCCCUGCUGGGGUUUGGUUUCAGAGAAAAGUCGAGGUGAAUGUAGAGCCGCCUCAGUGUUUCAGCUCAUCUCCUGGGAUGGUGGCACCUGUGUGUGCUUAUAAAGCUGCAAGUAGUCUUUUUAAAACUCACAAAAGUUUUAUCCUGCUUUUAUUUUUUAGUGUUUCACAGCGGAUUAACCCUCUGAACCCCAAAACCCAAUUUGCACGCUUGAAUGGCAUCUUAUCUUUAAAUAAAUUACCAAAAUGUAUCUGUCAAAAACCAGAAAAAACAGACAGAAUUGUUGGAUUUUCAGCAUUCAGAUGAACUUUAAACUAUUUGUCUGUGAUAUGGGCUUCAAUAGGGAAAGCUAGCUAAAUCUAGUGUGGGUCUAAAACUGUGAAUUUUCAUCAAAAGCACUUUUCAAAAUUCUCAAAAAAUAUAUAGUUCACACCAGAUACUACAAAAAAUCUAAACAAUUCUAUGUUCAUUGUUGCAGUUGAAAAGCCAUAAUUGAAAUAGAAAACUAUUUAUCAGCCAGGAACUGUAAAAACAAAACAAAACAAAAAAAACCCCAGAAACAAUCUGUGGAUUUUCAACUUCCUUUAACCGUGUUGGAAUUUAAUAUGCUGUUCUGUGAAGAAGGUUAAACAAAUCAAAGCCUAAAAUCAUGAUAUUUGAGCAAAAUCACUUUAUUUCACAUUUAAAAAUUCACCAAACAUAAACAUUUAUAACUAGAAUAACUAGAUUCUGUCAUUAGUGACUCAGCUGUGACAAAAAUGUGAAAC